AGGCUCUCGCCCCGUUUCUCAGCUUGCUCGUCCGUGAAAACUUCGAGAAACUUUUUCUCGCCCCGUUCUUUUGCAACGAACGCUUCCCCCCCUCCUCACUGCCCCGCCCGCUGCCUUCCCUUGUUUCGGUCCGGGGACCGGCCGCCUUUUUCGAGCCAUGUGUACUAGAAGACCAGCGCUUCGGGCAGCCCUGUGUAUGUGGAGCUGCUGCUGCCUCGUCGCGCUUUGCGGGAUGUCGGCUAGCCAGCACAUCGUGGCCCCGUCAAGAAACAACAUAGAAAAUGAGAAAGACUUCAGUGGUAUUGAGAGUAAAUUUUCUUUAAGGAUACCCGAAAGGCCUGAUGAAGACGUUUGCCUCCUAGUUCCUGGACAGGAAACAAGUGUAGCAGAUUGCAACUUCAAUCAUACCAGUAAAACUUUUGUGGUUAUACAUGGAUGGACGGUGACUGGCAUGUAUGAGAGCUGGGUUCCUAAGCUGGUGAAGGCACUGUAUAACAGAGAGCCUGAUUCUAAUGUCAUUGUAGUUAAUUGGUUAGCUCGAGCCAGUUUGCAUUAUACAACAUCUGCAUACUUUACAAAGAAGGUGGGAGAAGAUGUUGCUGCAUUCGUUGAUUGGAUGGAGGAGCAGUUCGGUUAUUUUCUCAACAACGUCCAUUUGCUGGGAUACAGCCUUGGUGCCCACGUUGCUGGCAUUGCUGGAAGUCUGACCAGUAAAAAGAUUAAUAGAAUUACAGGUUUAGAUCCUGCUGGGCCCCUCUUUGAAUACGCUGAGGCGUCUAGGCGCCUUUCUCCAGAUGAUGCUGUCUUUGUGGAUGUCUUGCAUACUUACAUCAGAGGCUCCCCAGAUCGCAGCAUUGGUAUACAGCAGCCGGUGGGCCACAUUGAUAUCUAUCCCAACGGAGGUAGCUUCCAGCCAGGUUGCAAUUUAGCUGAAGCCCUGCGCCUGAUUGCUGAGAAAGGCUUUCAAGAGUCUGAUCAGCUGGUGAAAUGCUCUCAUGAACGCUCCAUCCACCUCUUCAUUGAUUCCCUCUUGUAUGAAGAAAAACCAAUCAUGGCGUACCGAUGCAAUUCAAAAGAAACAUUUGAAAGAGGGCUUUGCUUGAGCUGCCGAAAGAACCGUUGCAACAAUUUAGGGUAUGAAGUCAAAAGAGUGGGAAGCAAGAAGAGCAGCAAAAUGUAUCUGAAGACCCGUGCACAUGCCCCUUAUAAAGUCUUUCAUUUCCAGGUCAAGAUACAUUUUUUUGGAAAAUUGAACAUUACCAAGAGAAAUGAACCAUUUCUUAUUUCUUUUUAUGGCACCAAGAAGGAAAGUGAGAACAUACCGUUUGUAAUGCCUGAGAUCUCCACUAACAAAACAAGUUCCUUCCUGGUGUGUACUGAAGUUGAUAUUGGAGAACUGCUUAUAGUAAAACUUCAGUGGGAAAAAGAAUCUUUUUUCAGUUUGAGAUGGUGGGAUACCCCUGAAUUUAGCAUACGAGUAGUCAGAAUCAAGGCUGGAGAAACCCAGAAAAAGGUGAUGUUCUGCUCACAGAAUGGAUCCUCUUUUCUCCAAAAAGGGGGUAAAGCUGCAGAAUUUAUGAGAUGCAAUAUGAAAAAACAUAAUGACACAGAUUCAUGAGACCAGGCCAAGAUAAUGAAUGAGUGAAGACAUUCUACUUUGGGAAGGAAAUUCCACAGAGUACUGACCAAACAGGAAUGAUUGUACUGACAUAAUUAUCUGCCUUCUAUAAAACUGUCAGCUGACACUGCCCUAGGAAUUAUUUACCCAGACUGAAAUCUUGAUUUGGUUUUGUAUGAAUGUGACUAGCAAUAUACAUUCAAAUUCACAUCCGACUGGAAACACAGAAGUGCAGAUGGACAGUAUCUUCAUCCAGAUCAACAUCUGAAUGCAAACUUGAUUCCUUACUCAAUGAGCACCAUGCAUGUAAAACCCACUUCUACUGGGUAGAUCUCCUUAUCUGGAUCAGCAUAUACCAAAAACUACAUAAGCCAACUUUAUUUUUAUAAUUAAGAAGAAAUCUCUCACAGAUGGUGAUUUUUGUAUUAUUCAGAACAAAGGUCAAUAAUUCUUAUACCAACUCUCUUGUUUUAGAAUGCACUUGUGUUAAAAAAAAACCUAUUUAUUGAAGAAUUGCUUAUUUUUACUUGCAUUUGGGUUAAGGUGUUUGGUUGUUUUUUUAUUAAGUUCUGCUUAAUAAAAAAGUUGGGUGUUUUGCUGUGCAAUGUCCAUUUAGCUGAUAUGUGCAGUUUUGGAGCUUUGGCUGGCUAUAAAUUACUUUUAUAAGCAAUUAAGAACAAUAUUUAGACUUUCUAUUCAAUAAAUGCUUACAAGCCACAAUAUAUAUGAAUAAUGAUGUUUUGUAGGUCAGAAAAAUCUCAGAGAAAGCUGUUUCACAGUAGGUAAAUAAUUAAAUUUAGGAAACACUUAGCCAUCCAUAUUCUCCUUAUAUGACAAUAAAUGCACCACAGGAGAAAAUACCUAAAGUUGUGUCUCAUGCUUUUCCUUUAAAAAGGAAUCCAAUGCAUUUAUAGUAAACAUACUUAUCUUUAUCAAAUGACUAUCCCUAAAAAAGAAGCAUCAGUAUCAUAAACAUUGUAGGACUAUUGCUGCUUAUAACAAUAUUGUUACCAGACACAAAAUUUCUGUAUUGAUUGUGGACAGUAAUGGCAACAAAAACCUAUGAUUUUCACAAAUCCAUAUCCCAAACAAAUAAUAAUCCCCCUUUUUUGACCGUUUCUAACAUGGAAAAUAAUAUUUUUUUUUCUUGAGGUAAUGUUAGCAUAUGAAGAUGUAGUAUUAGACUUUCACUUUGGGAGAAUACAUAAAUAUAUAUAUUUUGUUGAAUCAGGAAGUAAGGACACACAGAAAGAGGUAUUUGAUGCAGAUAUUUAUUGGCAUGGUCAAAAUAAUUCAUCACUUUUAUUUUUUUUAAUCAAAAUUGCAGACUUUCAAAGUUAGAACCAAUUAUAUUCACAGUGGUUUAGUAAGUUGUACACUAAAAAAAAAAAAAGAUAAUUUUUACUUCUGUGAAGAUACAUAAAAACAUAGAUGUGCCUGAGCUUAGAUACUUCCACUUUAGCAUCUGAUUGUUCAAUACAUUAGCUCUUACUACAGGAAAAAAAUUAACAAAUGUGUGGCAAAAAUUAAAAACAAUUCUUUUAAGAUUUUUUUUUAUUGUGAUAGUUACCCUGCACAUCGGUCUUUCAUUCAGGCAGGAAAAACAAGCAAACGCUGAAGGAUACCUUUAAAGAUGUACAUCAUUUCUUCUGGAUGAAGCCAAUUUCUCAGGAAUGAGAUUUAAAAGACUAUUUCUUAACAAGUUGAAGAUUUUUAAUGCAAAGUAAAAAAACAAUGCCAACAGCCCUUGAUCACCAAAAGGAGUUUUAUAUAUGAGAAGAUAUAUCUUGACUUUAAUUGUUUCUAUUUAUUAUUUGUAAAAUAUAUUUGUGUACAUAAUGUAAAAGUUAGUUUGUAUAUAUUGCUGAAAUAAAGCUAUAUUCAUUUAUAGA